AUGUAUGUGACUUCGGUAUCCAAAGAUGACACUUCUAUCCCCCCUCCUCCUCCUCUCGCCCCGCUACCACGCUGCGUCCCUCUUGCACAAUUAGACAGUUUAAACAAGGGCGAAGAUUUGCUUUAUCUAAUGAAAACAGCCAUCGGAGCUGACAAAAUAAUGUCGGUAUUGCAACCACAAUCGAGCCUAGAACCAACAGCAGCCAUCGGAGCUGACAAAAUAAUGUCGGUAUUGCAACCACAGUCGAGCCUAGAACCAACAGCAAAACCUGAAGAAACAAAAAAGCAGUCAAAGAAGAAGAAGAAGGAUGACGCGGCAGUAGCAGAAAUGAUGACUGCCAAAAGGUCUAGAAGGAAAGAAAAAGAUAAGGAAGCAAAGGAGCUUAUGACCAUGAAGCACCUUUGCGUUAAAGAAAGCACUGCGUGCUCUGACAAACCGUUAACAGUGAUGGUCACAUCGCAUGCAGCGGUUCAAAAACCAGAUGCUCCAGCUCCACCGGCUCAGCCCAGUCCAGCACCACCACCGCCACCACCGCCACCACCGCCACCACCACCUCCACCUCCACCACCUCCACCACCUCUACCACCUCCACCUCCACCUCCACCUCCACCUCCACCUGCAUUUCCUCCUGCACCUGCACCUGGCGCACCUAUGGAACAACCGCAGCAAUCAACGCCACCACCGCUUGAUAAGCAAGUCCCUCAAGUUGCACAAGUCGCCGCCAGCGGCAUGCAAAUGGUUCAAAAAUGGGUUCAACGGGCGUUGGAUAUGGGUGUAGAUGCGUUAAGGGCAGAAUACCGUAGUCUCGCUCGUUAUACUUUGCCAGAAAUGACUGUAGACGCUUUUAGAGCAAAUCAAGAGUUUGGAAGAAAUAGAUAUCAAGAUGUGCCGUGCCAAGAUCAGAAUCGUGUCGUACUCAAAUGGCAUUGUGCUGCGACUGAUUACAUCCAUGCUAACUUUGUUGGAACCCCUGUAUCAGCUAGGCGCUUCAUCUUAACACAGGGUCCACUUGAUGGUACUGUCAAUGAGUUUUGGCAAAUGGUAUUACAGGAAGAAGCUGAGACUAUAAUUAUGUUAUGUAACUGUAUUGAAACGGUAAGUGGAAGCGAAAUGAUGUUUGUCGUCCAUAAUAGCGAACACAUAGUAGAUUGUUCGAAUACUUGA